UAGGUUGAGAACGUCGUCGUGAAUUGUCGCGCAACAAUACUGUAGACCUAGACGCCGCUAAUUUGAAAAAUAAAAGGACGGUUUCUGACGCCGCUGCUGCCGUUAAGAAUUUUGCGAACUCGCAGUCACCGUCGUUAUUUGCUGUUGUGUUUUACAACAUUGCAAAUACAAAAUUGCCAAAAAAUGCAAAAACAGCAAAAAAAUAUUAUUUGGUACUUCAAAUAUUACGAAAAUCUUGAAAACGUUCGAUGGGUACUCGUUUAUGCCGAAUUUUAUGAAUUUGUUUGCUUGAAGUUGUGGGCGCUUGCAUUGCAGUGUAUUUGUAUGCGUAUUUGCGACGUUAAUGUGAUUUGUUGGUAGCUACCGUUCGCCCAGUUAUUUCCUGGCAUAAAUUGUGGAAAUAGCCAAAAUAAAAAAGAACAAAUAAGGUAAAAAAUUGGCUACAUAUUUCCGCGCUGCUUGCAACACGAUACUAGCAAUAGCCAAUGAACGCGCACAAAUAAAUAUACAUACAUAUGUAUCUAUUCACAAAGUUUCGUACACAAAUACUGGAUAUGCAUAUAAACACGCGCACGCAAUUGAAAAUAAACUUCAUGUAAAUAAGAACAUUUUCGCAAAUAACGACUUUUGUGCGUACAUAGUAUGAAAAAAUGGCGUUAGAGUGUUGCGAAAAUUGAGAUGUUCAGUGAUUGAUUGUUAUCGAUUAAUAUUAAAUGCUUGUGCUUCGAGUCCGAACCGAAAAGGCAAAGCAUAGGUGUGAAGGCAAUUGCAUUUAAAAUAAAUAUUUGAAAACAAAAGUUGGAAAAACAAGAAGCUAAAGUAAUGGAAAGACAUACUAAGUAAGCAGUCGAAUUUGCAAACCGGAAAUUUAGCCCAACAGCAAUUACCUGCCGAGGAAGGCACAAACCAUCGUUGCUACAGAGCUCUCCAUACUGGCACUUAUCAGAAUGUGAUUGAAUUGCUCAAAAAUCGUGAAGACAACCUCCCGCCCAUCACUGCUUUUUUUGUGCCACAUCCGCAGGCUAUUUAAUGUUAAAGCACGCCUCGAACGCCGGUGGUGGGGGAGGACCAGCCAAUGGUCAACUGCGUAACAAUCCAAGCAACACCAACGCUACGGUUGCCUCCAAUCGCAGCAUACACCUGCGACCCCAACAACCACUCAACAUAUCCACGUUGAGUGCCACGCAGAAUGCCUUACAAACGUCCAGCACUUCGGCGAUAGCGAACGGAGGUCAACGCAUACCCACCCUAUUAAAUAUCGCUUCAACGCCAAUUUCGGGUGGCACAACGAACACCAAUGCAGUGACACCGUUAUCACCGAGCGCGGCGAAUACGACGACUACAACGACACCCGUUACACCACUCACACCGAAUGGCAUUGCCAAUAAUUUGCACACAUACACCAAUCAGCAUAUUUUGGCCUGCAGCAACAACAACAAUAAUAAUAAUAAUACUCAUAACACCGCUACCAGCGCAGUAAAUAAUAAUACACAUAACAAUAACCAUAAUUACAGCAACUGUCAUAAUAUAACGACCGGUGUGUUGAUAAAUCAAUCAAAACAUGGGCCUGGUCCGAGAGAGGCGCUAACCAGCUUGGGACUAUUGUGCUUAGUUUCCCUUCUAUUGGCUUUACUGUCGCUGAUUUUUCUGCUGAAAAUUUCUCCAAACGCCCGUGAAGAUGCUCUGACGCGCAGCUCAGCCGAAGAUUUUGUAAUUGUCUAUGAUGUGACAUUGGCGCUCUGUGCACUUUCGCUGUCGCUAAAUCUCUGUUGUCUGCUGGUGUGUGCGAUACAGUUUCUGUUCGCUGUGAAAUUGGUGCGGUCUCCUAUGUUCGAUGGCAGAGACAACAAAUACUUGGAGAAAUCAAGCGCUAGUCGCACUUGUGCUGUUGGCGGUUUCUUCAUAUCCAUACCAAUUUUUCUCACCGGAAUUAUUCUUUACACUUUCAACCAUUUUCACUCCACACCUGCCAUUAUAACCAGCGUAUUAAUCGGCAUUGGCAUUGUCUUCUGUGGUGGCGCAAUGGUGCAUAAUGUUUUUAUUUGGCAGAAGGAGAAAACGAUUAGUUAUCGCAGUCCGCCACUAAAUAUGUCAAUGAUGUCGCAUAUUGGGCCCAUAACACCGCCAACGCAAUUUCUCAGUCCUCAUCAUACACACCACUUCAUGAACUAUGCACCGCAAAUGCAUGCACACACGCACAGUACGCAUGCACAACCGCAAACACAAUUGGGCGUGGCAUCGACGGGACUACAUCCGACUUCUGUGACGCCGGUCUCACCGAAUCAUUCACACGGCAGCUUCAAUGCGCUGCUCUCAGCUGGUGCUCUAAAUUCGUCAUUUCUAAUGCGUCCAUCGACGGCGACACCGCCCACACCAAAGCCGCUGCCAACGCAAUUAGCCAACGGUGGUGGUUGUUUGACGCUAAGCGCACGUGAAGCCAGCGGCUCCGUCAGUCCAGGCAUACCGGGUGCGCUCGACAUGAGCAACAUAACGAGCCCAUCGCUGCAUGAGUUAUCGACAUUGGUGUAGGUGCGAGCAUUGUUGUUAAUGCACUAUUUGGUAUAUAUUUUAGGUUAGAUUCUACAAAUGAUCAUUAAACGCUUCAACUUGGUUCACAUGCACUAUGCGCAAUGGCUAAAAACGCUUACCAGCUUUUACUUCACUUUUCAAUGUUUAAUGGCGCCCGGAAGUGGAAGUUGAACAAAUAUUAUCGAUAAAUACAAAACGAAAUCGAAACAAAUCUAUGGAACUAAGCAUAUUAAUGUAUUAAAUAAAAAAGGAACUACAAAAACAAUUGUAAAUAAUUAGGUGUUAUUUUUUUUAUUUAUGUUAGUUAUGAUAAGUCAGUUUUUGAAAAUUUUUACUUAAUUAUUUUUACUCUCUAAGUUGCAAGUAAUUGCGAGUCCCUGCCUAGAUAUGUAGUUUUAAGCUGAGUUAUUUAAAUUUUUAUUUUAGGUUAUGUUAACAGUUUGGUCUGUAAUGUAAAUGCUUGCCUGAUUAAUUGCUUCGUGAAACUAGAAAUAUAUAGGACAUUCUUAUUUUAAGUUAAAUUUAAUAUUGUAUUAAGCAAAAUUCAAACUAAAAAAAUAAACGAUAAGAAAAAAAUAGUUUACAAAAUUUUGAUAACUAAAGAAAGAAAUUUCAAAAUUACAAAUUUCAAAGAGAAGUAAUGGCCAUAAAAACUAUAAAAGUUAUUAUUUUUUUUCAGACUGAUAACAUAACUAUCGAACCAAUCUAACAAAUUUUAACACUAAGAUUUUGUAUAUAUGUAGUUAGAAUUUAAGUGCAGUAAAUAAAUGUUUUUUACGUAUUUACACAUACA